AAAUACUCAUAGACUAUAUCUUGCGCGUGUCGGUGUGUGUUGUUAUAGCACUAGCGUUGUUAGAAGUAGGAGUUAGUUUCGUUCAGCCGUGCAGUUUGACAGUUUCCUAGAAGAUACUACAAAGCUGUCGCAUAUUAUUAACCCAAAUUACAGCGAAGAAAUUGCCAGAUAUGAAUAAACUGUGUCGUCAAGUCAGUAUUGAGAGCCCUGGACCAACUAUCAGGGACUGCGUGUUCAGUUUCGAAGUUCCGGUUCCAGAUGUUCCGUCAAAAGGUGCAAGAAUAAGAGUUGUGUGUGCUGGUGCAUGCUACCGUCUUCGGAGAUCACCCUCCAUCUCCAGUAUCUCCAGCGUGUCUAGUACGUCAAGUGAAAUAUCUCAGGAUCUGUCUUGCGGAAGUGCACCAAUCCUCCCGCCUCAGAGUCCUGUUCACCACGGUCUGCGAGAUGGGGCACUGUUCCCCGGGUAUGAAGUGGCUGGGAUAGUUGAGUCAUUAGGAACAGAAGUUGAAGGAAAUGAAGAAUUCGGAGUUGGAGACCGAGUGGUGUUGUACCCAUAUGAAGGAGUUCCACAUGGGUACGCAGAGUUCAUCAUCGUUCCAGAACUGCAGUACCUGGUGAAACUCCCUGACUCAGUAUCGCUGAGUGUCGCUGCCAUGUUGCCCACCGGUGCCCUUCUUGCCAUGAACACGGUAUUCAAGGCACAUGAAUACGUUGAAAACAUCCUUCAAAAACGAGGAGAUAAUGGUUUGUGUAAGAUCCUAAUUGUUGGUACCGGUGGUUUGGCCCUAUGGGCCAUGCGCAUUGCCGGUCAUCAUUAUCAGACCAUGAAGGAGAAGGUGUCCAUCACUGUCGCUUCGCUCAAAGACGAAGGCUUCCUCUUAGCCAAGGAAUAUAAAAAGGUGAAUGUGGUCCAGUGGAAUGAAGACUUGUAUGAAAAACAGCUGAUUGAGCGCACUAAGGACGCUUGUCAGGGAGCAGUUGAUAUCGUCAUCGACUUUGGAACCACGUCACGAAGUCUGCAUCGAUCUCUCCAGUGUCUGAGUAAGGGUGGUGUUGUAUUUAUCAGCUCUGAGGUUGCUGAGAAAUUGCUGCCGAAAUUCAGUCGUAAAGCAGAAGAACUCCAACAGUGUAUAAGGCCUGUGGACAUGGGCUCUAUUGAUCAGUUGCGACAAUUGGUUGAACUAGUCGGAAACAAAGAGAUUGAACCCCCACCACAUUCUGUGUUUCCAGCAGACGAAGCUUCGGAAGUCAUGAGGAAACUCUGUCAGUCGGAAAUAAAAGGCAGAGCAAUCCUCGAAUUCCCCUCACCUCCAUCUUCCAGAUUUUAAUGUCUACGACAUGUUGAUUCGUGGAAACUUGUCAGUCCAGGGAAUGUCUUGUUUAGGUGUGAACGGUCGGGCUGUUUCACUGCGUACUUCGCCAAGGAAGACCAAUUAUUGUCGUAUAAUAAAUUGGCUUGGCAUUUUGACCUAGUAUUCAGAUAUUAGAAUAAUAUAUACUUAGGAGCGACCCUGUCCUGUUUUAGAAGUCAUAAGGUGUUGUGUAAGUGUUCUGAAGCUUUGAGCUCGGCAUUUGUGAUGUCUGGUCGCAAAAAUGCAACACCCAUCAUCGAAGGUUUGUUUCGUCAUCUUGUAUGGACGUAUCUGUAAACAAGAAAUGUUUUGUACAGACCUUGUAGGUACUUUUAUAUAACCUCUCAUAAAAUUAGAUUCAUUUUUCCUGACCUUAGUGGUUCAUCAUUGUGAGCAUUUUUCCUUAAUUUUCGUGUGAGCAUUUGUCUCGUCACCGAGCAUUUGAUUAUCAAAGCUUGCACCGCUAACUCGUGAUUAUAGAACCCAAAUGAUUUAGCUUAAGAUUAACUGUCAGGUUGUGACUGAACUUCACUUUGUUCAGUAAUAACAAUGAGGACGAGUAAAAUAAGUGCCAUUACAUCACAUUUCUGUGCGCUGUUCUCAUGGAUGUGCCGCAGUUUAACUUCCUGUUAUGCUUUCAGUGUAGUAGAACAUCUUUUAUUUCUACAUUGAAUGUUGCUAAAGUUUAUUGCACAUCGAUUAUGGAACUGAUGCUGAUAGAAAUUUAUGAAGCGCAACAUAGGGGUGAGAGGUUAGAGGUGCAUGCAUUAGAGUGUCAUCAUCCGAGUUGUAGCAUCGUGUAAUUUUCUUGUUGCGAACUGGUAUUUCAGACGAACUUGCUGUCACCAUCUUCACAGUUGAAUUUUGAAAGUUUAGAAUAUCGAUGGGUUAUAUAGGAUCAGGGCAGGGGACCGAAACUCAUGCCACCAUCAACACCUCAAAUCCUAUGUAAAAGUUCAGCGUUAACCACAACAAAUGCUGCCAUGGUGAUUUCUAGAUCCACAGUAUAAUUCUAGAUCACUACAGAGCAUUGUUUGCAGGGCAACUGACAAGCUUUGCAUAAUGCAGUAACUGGCAGCCAUUUAAAUGGUGUCCUAUCCUGUGGAAGAUUUACAUCCUAUAUACGUGGACCAUACGAAGUACAUACGAAUAGAGGUUGGUGUCAUGUGACAAGACAUAUGUACCAUGUGUGGAGGCCAGCACUGAGAUUUUAGUGUGAUGGUGGAUGCUGAGAUAAGUGAGAAAUUGUAUCUUCUCAUAUAUUUAUGUAUUAAUAUGUUAUCCAACUCCCACAUAGGAUAUACAUUUUGCUGCUUACCAUGCAUUGCAUUUUCUGUAUGUUACUGAUGCAUGCAAUAAAAAUUAAGAAUGUGAAAACUACCCAGAAUUUUUAGUUUUGUGUUGUAUUAUUUAGGUUGGGAGAAAAGCUUGAAAAUUUUAAUAUUUCAUACUUUUAUUGAUAUGAAAGUCAUAUAAAGUUUGAAAUGCAUCUAUAUUAAGACCUCUCUGUACUAUUUACUAACAUUGUUCUUAACCAGUAUACUUCUAAUAGUAUUUUUAAUAUAUUAGCAUAUAAAAGAGUUACUGCUGUAUGUGGAACAGGGAAGAAUCUAAGAAUUAAAAAUUGCUAUUACAAGAGAUUAAGUUAUUGUGAUUUUUGUAAAAUGUUAGUCUUUUUUAACAUUUUCAUAACCAUUUGUGGUAUAGGUAAACAGUUUUUGUAUUGACUCAAUUUAAAAAUAUAGAAUUUCAGUUUCAUAAGUAAUAAUAUAUCAUAUAAAGUGUCUCCAACAACUUUGCUUCAUUGGUACAGCAAAAGAGUAGGUGGUCCACUCUAGCAUGCUUCCAACAUGUUACAUUUUACUAGGCAAUUCACCUAUUUUUUUCUGUGCUGUACUUUAAAUACAAAUGGUGCUUGCAGAAGAGCAGUAUUUCCUUCACACUUUUAGUAAUACAAACAUCUUUUCCCGAUUCGAUCUGGUAUGGUACAUUAUCCAGUGCUAAUAUCUAUUUUGUGAGAAAAGUAAUAUUUUGAUGUUUGUAUUACAGACUUCAUGUAUGUUUUGUAUGCAUAUUAUUUUUAUGUAGGCUAUAAUGAUCAUGUUCAGUCAUAAAUAUGACAUAACACUUGUAUUAAUGUGAUAGAGGAGGUUUUGGCAAAUAUAACCUCUUCAAUAACAAAGCAACAUUUAUUUACAGCAAUAAAAUUGUUUGAAGCAUAAAA